UCGCUCUAUACCUAAGAUCGACAGCGCUUAAAUUCACAUAGCCAAGUUUCUCCUCCUUCAUCACUUCAAUCUAGCCUGGACGAUGAUAUCUCGUGGCUUCGGCCGACUUUCGAGAACUUUACUAAGCAGAACAAUGGCCACUCAAUCAACCAGCCAGGGAAGAGCAGCCGGCACAAAAGAUUGGUCGGCGGCCCAGUAUCUCAAAUUCGCUGAGCAGCGCACCCGGCCCUCGCGUGACCUUAUUGCUCAAGUGCCUUUGGCAUCCCCAGCUCGUAUUAUCGACAUUGGAUGCGGCCCUGGUAAUUCGACAGAGGUUCUUGCGAAACAAUGGCCAGACGCACAUAUUUUAGGCAUGGACUCAUCUCCCAACAUGAUUGAAACGGCACGCAAGGCACUGCCUAACCUGGAGUUUACUGUGGCGGAUCUGCAAACUUAUACGCCAGAGGGGCCAGUUGAUCUUCUUUUCUCCAAUGCAGUCUUUCAAUGGAUCAACUUUGAGGAUCGGAUCCCCAUCAUCAAACGACUGAUUCAAUCCCUGAAGCCUGGUGGUGUUUUUGCAUUCCAGGUUCCCGACAACUACACCGAGCAGUCUCACGAAGCUAUGCGGACAGUUGCCGCGAAUGGUCCUUGGGCAGAGACCCUUGGACGUCUUAAACCGUCACUUGGGCCUUUCCAGACGCCCAUGGAACUUUAUAACGGGCUGAAACCCCUAUGCUCAUCAAUAGAUGUAUGGCAUACGUACUAUAAUCACCCAUUGGGCGGCCACCAGGACAUCGUUGAAUGGGUCAAAGGCACGGGAUUGCGGCCAUUUAUCGAUCCGCUCAACCCGGAGCAGAAAGAAGGAUUUUUGGCGGCAUAUCUGGAGAAAUUGAAGGAGCUUUAUCCUCUUUGUGAUGAUGGAACUGCGCUGUUGCGAUAUCCUCGUCUAUUUUUCGUUGCUGUCCGCGCUUGAGUUCUACAAGAGCGUUCUAUCUGUUCAUAUGCGUCUAAUAUUGUUCGUACAAAUACAGCUUUUAGAUUU